AUGCAUUUGGCAGAACCCGCAGGCUUUAGCAGGAGAGAUUUGAAUUUAUUGCAGAACCCGCAGGCUUUAGCAGAGUUACCUGUGGUCAUGGCUAAUAAUCCACCAGCGAAAGUGAGAGAGGUUGCAGUGCCUCGUGUGGCAGAUGUAACUUCGAGCAUUGUCAAGCCCACCAUCGAAGGGCACUUUGAGCUGAAACAUCCCAUGAUUCAGCUACUUCACUCUAGUGGGCAAUUCACGGGAAUGUCCCAUGAGGAUCCUCAGCGUCACAUCCAUACUUUUCUGCAGAUUGUGGAUACUUUCUCUAUUGGGAGGGUCACCAAAGAAUAUGUGCAGCUGACAAUGUUCCCCUUUUCUCUAUUGGGGAAUGCAAGUAACUGGUUAUUAGCAGAGCCCGCAAAUUUUAUCACUUCAUGGGAUGAUUUGGCGACGAAAUUCUUGACAAGGUUCUUUCCACCAGCAAAGACAGCUCGACUCCAAAGAGAGAUCAUGUCAUUCAGGCAGAAAAGUGGGGAAAAUUUGUAUCAAGCGUGGGAGAGGUUCAAAGGUCUUCUCAGAGAUUGCCUUCACCACCAUCAGACGAAUAAAGUUCUGGCACACACAUUCAUUGAGAGUCUGGACGCCCAACAUAAGUCAUCAUUAGACACUGGUGCAGGAGGGUUUACUCAGAGCACUCCAGACUGGCAGGAUGAUGCAGCUAGCAGUUCAGUUAGAGAGGCACUGGGUGUUUUUGAAGUGGAUAAUUUUACAACACUAUCAGCACAGAUUGAUGCCAUGCACACUGAAAUCAAGAAGUUAGCUGUUGCGCAAGCUCCACCACAUAUGCAUGUAGUGCAACAAGCCAUCGUUUUUUGUGACGUUUAUGGAGAAGGUCACAACGGUGAUGAAUGCCCUACAAAUCCCGCAUCCAUAUACUUUAUGGGUAAUGCAGGCAAUGGACAAGGAAACAAAAAUCAAUACGGGAAUUCCUAUAACCCAAAUUGGAGAAAUCACCUGAUUUCAGGUGGAGUGACAACCCAGAUAGUUAGUGCACAAAAUACUAGACCACCUGGUGGACUUCCAAGUGAUACGGAUGUGAAUCCCAAGCCUUGUAAUGCUGUGACUCUUCGAAAUGGGAGAGAACUAGAGGAAGUGGCUCCGAAAAAAACCAGUCGAGUAGAAGCUGAAAAAGAAAAUAUUACUGAGGAAAUGAUUAAAGAAGAGAGGGUAGUCAAGACACCAGUGGCAAAGCAGCCACAGCCCGUGGUUGCAAAGACACCAGUGGCAAAGCAGCCACAACCCGUGGUUGUAAAGCCACCACCUCCAUUCCCUCAACGUUUGGGUAUCCCAAAGUAUGCUAAGCACAUCAAUGAUAUUGUUGCAAACAAGAGCCGAUUCACAGAGUUACCCACUAAAUUGAAGGAUCCCGGAAGUUUCACGAUUGAGAUUUCUAUUGGGAAGCUGGUUGUUGCUCGAGCACUAUGUGAUCUCGGUGCAAGUAUAAAUUUGAUGCCUUCAUCUAUCUUCAGGAAGCUAGGUUUGGGAGUACCCAGUCCAACCACUAUAGUUCUUCAACUGGCAGACAGAUCGUUAGCAAGACUAGAAGGCAUUAUUGAAGAUGUAUUGGUGCAAGUGGGGUCGUUGAUAAUUCCUGCUAACUUCAUGAUUUUGGACUUCGAUCCAGACCCGGAAGUCCCAUUUAUUUUGGGGCGUCCAUUCUUGGCCACAGGGAGAGCACUUAUUGAUGUAGCUGUUGGUCAGCUCACCAUGAGAGUACAUGAUAAAGUUGAAGUCUUCAAUGUAUACCACGCUCUAAAGAUGCCUGCAAUCUAUGAGUUGUCCAUCGUUACUAUUCUGAAUGAUGAUACAGGACGACCACUCAUCACUUCUCAUGAUCCAUUGGAGAGAGACUUAAUGGGUGAUGAUAUUUUUGGUGACUCGGCGACAUUUGAGAUGGUGCAGAUUCUGGAUAUGGCGAGUAUUUAUAUUUGUGCAGGCGAGUUUGAGCCUUUAGAUAGAAAUGUGAGAAUAACUCCGAAGUUGUCAAUUGAAGAGCCUCCAAAUUUGGAAUUGAAGCCAUUGUCCGCACAUCUUAAAUAUGCAUUCUUAGGCGAGGGUGAUACCUUGCCAAUGAUAUUAGCAGCAGAGUUGACCGCCGAAGAGGUUAGUAUUUGUCUGGAAGUAUUGAAGUCUUACAAAAGGGCAUUGGGGUAG